AUGCCCGAUUCACUUGAUAGUGUUAUCGCUAGAAUCGUUACUAGAAUCGAAGCUUUACUCCACCUUGGUAGCACAGUCCAUCAAUAUCUAAGUAAUAUCAAAGACCCAAUCACAGAUUACAACAAUAUCAUCAACGAGAUCAACUCUAUAUAUGAAAUCCUUUCUACUUUACAAGCUAAUAUACAAAACAAUUCAAUCAAUAAUGAAGAUUGGUCGAUAAUUUCUCAAAGACUUGAAGGCUCCGAUGGCCCAUUAAACCUCUUAAAGACAGCACUCCAGGAAUUAACUACGAAAUUCGAGGAUACAGCUUCUACCAUAGAUGUAAGGGUCCUUCCAUGGGAUUUCAAGCAGAAUGAAGCAGAGCAACUCUUCCGAUUUGUUACAAAGCAAAGAUCCUUACUAUCUUUGGCUUUGAGGAAUAACUAUGUUGCACCUUCGACGGAUAUCCACGAUAAUACACUCCCUAUUCGAGAUGAUAUCGAGAAUACAAACCUUCAUAAACGAUAUUACACAAAUCAUGAUACAACUUUCAACUCGCAGUAUCAAGAUGAUAAAUCCCGAUAUCUACCUGAAACACAGUCUAAACGACAGAGAAUUAAUCGACAAGGCAAUUUUACAAACGCGGACGGGUCACAAUUCAUUGCAUCAAACCUUAAUUCUGGAGGAGGGUCUAUUAAUAUCAAUACACACACCUUGGAAAACCGUUGCCUAAUCGACCUACGAACCACCGAUCCACGAUUGGACAAGAGACGUAUCGAAGAGACUAAAGGAGGACUACUUGAUAAUGUAUAUAAUUGGAUUUUCGAUAAUAGUGAUUUUCAACAAUGGCACUUUAACCGAGAUAAUCGCCUACUUUGGAUUAAAGGAGAUCCUGGUAAGGGCAAGACCAUGUUGCUCUGUGCACUCUCUGAGAUUUUGAAGGAUAUAUUGCAUGAUAAGAAUUUGAAGCCGACGAUCUUGAUUAUUGAUGCACUUGACGAAUGCCAAAAAGACCUGCCACAAUUACUUCGCCUAAUUGUUUCGGGCUUAUCCAUUUCUUCUCGUGUUAAAUGGCUUGUCUCUAGUCGGAACUGGCCCGAAAUCGAAGAGCAGUUACAACAGGCCGAGCAGGGAACCCGGCUCAGUCUCGAGCUGAAUGCUGAAUCAGUAUCUGCUGCUGUCAGGUGGUAUAUCCGAGAGAAGGUGAAAUAUCUUGCGAGAACAAAAAAAUACACAACGGAGACAAAGGAUACUAUCGAACGUUAUCUCCUAGAACAUGCAAAUGGAACUUUUCUUUGGGUGGCUUUAGUUUGUCAAAAUCUUGAAAAAGCUCGAUUAUUCACGAAUUCAAAGCUACAAGAUUACCCUUCCGAACUUGAUCCUUUAUAUAAUCGUAUGAUGGAACAGAUAGUAGAUAUGGAAGAUAUCGAGGCGGCUCAGAUAUGCCUUCAGAUCCUGGCUAUUGUAGUAAUAGCAUAUCGGCCUCUUACGCUUGACGAACUAAUAUCCCUGAUGGAGAUGAAUAAUGGGAAUCCGCUAGAGGAAAUAAUACAACUUUGUGGUUCCUUUUUGGUUUCUCGUAACAGGAGAAUUGAACAAGCUCCUCUUCAAAUCUAUUGCUCAGCUCUUUUCUUUGCUCCAGAGAAUAGUAUUAUUCGAAAAACAUUUCAAGAAUAUAUUCCAAGUUGGAUUUAUAAAAUAUCAAGGACACGAUCAAAUUGGAGUGCCGCCCUCCAAACGCUCGAAGGUCAUUCGGAUUCGGUUACUUCAGUUGCCUUCUCACCAGAUGGUACAAAAGUAGCUUCGGGCUCUGACGAUAAAACAAUCCGGCUUUGGGAUACAGUUACAGGCGAAUCGCUUCAAACGCUCGAGGGUCAUUCGAAUUGGGUUACUUCAGUUGCCUUCUCACCAGAUGGUACAAAAGUAGCUUCGGGCUCUGAAGAUAAAACAAUCCGGCUUUGGGAUGCAGUUACAGGCGAAUCGCUUCAAACGCUCGAGGGUCAUUCGAAUUGGGUUACUUCAGUUGCCUUCUCACCAGAUGGUACAAAAGUAGCCUCGGGCUCUGACGAUAAAACAAUCCGGCUUUGGGAUACAGUUACAGGCGAAUCGCUUCAAACGCUCGAGGGUCAUUCGAAUUGGGUUACUUCAGUUGCCUUCUCACCAGAUGGUACAAAAGUAGCUUCGGGCUCUGACGAUAAAACAAUCCGGCUUUGGGAUACAGUUACAGGCGAAUCGCUUCAAACGCUCGAGGGUCAUUCGAAUCCGGUUACUUCAGUUGCCUUCUCACCAGAUGGUACAAAAGUAGCCUCGGGCUCUGACGAUAAAACAAUCCGGCUUUGGGAUGCAGUUACAGGCGAGUCGCUUCAAACGCUUGAGGGUCAUUCGAAUUGGGUUACUUCAGUUGCCUUCUCACCAGAUGGUACAAAAGUAGCUUCGGGCUCUGACGAUAAAACAAUCCGGCUUUGGGAUGCAGUUACAGGCGAAUCGCUUCAAACGCUCGAGGGUCAUUCGGAUGGGGUUUCUUCACUUGCCUUCUCACCAGAUGGUACAAAAGUAGCUUCGGGCUCUUUCGAUGAUACAGUCCGGCUUUGGGAUGCAGUUACAGGCGAAUCGCUUCAAACGCUCGAGGGUCAUUUGGAUGGGGUUUCUUCAGUUGCCUUCUCACCAGAUGGUACAAAAGUAGCUUCGGGCUCUUUCGAUAAAACAAUCCGGCUUUGGGAUAUAGUUACAGGCGAGUCGCUUCAAACGCUUGAGGGUCAUUCGAAUUGGGUUACUUCAGUUGCCUUCUCACCAGAUGGUACAAAAGUAGCUUCGGGCUCUGAAGAUAAAACAAUCCGGCUUUGGGAUGCAGUUACAGGCGAGUCGCUUCAAACGCUCGAGGGUCAUUCGAAUUGGGUUACUUCAGUUGCCUUCUCACCAGAUGGUACAAAAGUAGCUUCGGGCUCUGAAGAUAAAACAAUCCGGCUUUGGGAUGCAGUUACAGGCGAAUCGCUUCAAACGCUCGAGGGUCAUUCGAAUUGGGUUACUUCAGUUGCCUUCUCACCAGAUGGUACAAAAGUAGCCUCGGGCUCUGACGAUGAUACAGUCCGGCUCUGGGAUGCAGUUACAGGCGAGUUGCUUCAAACGCUCGAGGGUCAUUCGAAUCGGGUUACUUCAGUUGCCUUCUCACCAGAUGGUACAAAGUGUAUCUAUUAA